AUGCGCUUGCGAUUGCCGCGAGGGUGGCUGGACUCGUUCGCACUCUUGAUGCUUGUUUUCUUUGUGGACAGCUCUAUGGAUCCGUUCUACGAGGAAUAUGCAAAGCCGUUCAAAAUGAAAAUGUAUUCAAUGGAUCAUGGGGAAAGUAUCCGUGCGGCUAGGACAUUGGAGUCAUUUCGAGCGCUUUCCUUGUCCUAG